GCUUUGCCCCCACCCCCCCCACACGAAAUCGAAUCGACCCAAAAGUAGGCGGAAGGAAUUUUUGUGUUGUUAUUUCGUCGCAAUCGUGAAUUUUUCAUCCCAAAAAGGGUUCGAUACGCAUAAUCAGCCAACUCAUAAGAGAGAAAAUCACUCCAUAAUUGUUUUCCCAAAACGAACAACAAGCAGGGGCAUUGUUGACGUUGUGCAAAAGAAUAGACCUUCUUCCCGCAGUGGCUCAGAACCAGCUGCAGCUUUCACUUGGGCACAGAACCAACAGAAUGACUCAGUGUGUAGCUGGUGCAUGAAAUUCGAUCCCAGCAGUGUAGCGACUCGGUGCCAGCAUAUUUUGCGUUCAACAAUCCAACUUACUGAGAAGCAAUCGACAAAAAUUGAAAACACCCAUCCAGAGAUUGCGGGAGCAGAUUGUUACCAACUCCCGAAAGCAGCUCCCGGAAUCCCGUCAACGUUGUAGCAAUAGACACCGAAAAUAGCAACACAACGACAGGUGGAAAAGAUGAGUUACGCUUCAUUCGACAAUAAUGCCACGGGCAAUUCGAACAUCACCAAUGAGGCGGACUUUCAGAAAACGGCCCAAAUUGUGGUGGCCAGCAUCCAGAAGAUCCUGCAAAAUGUGUCGUCUAUGCAGCGUAUGGUCAACCAGUUCGGCACGGCACAGGAUUCGCCCGAGCUUAAACAACAGCUUCAUCAGAUACGGUCCUACACACAGCAGCUGAUAAACGACACGACCAACCAGCUGAACGAUCUGGUAAACUGCAAGGAACGUCACCUAAAGAUCCAGCGGGACCGGCUGGUGGACGAGUUUUCCACCGCCCUGAACGCGUUCCAAGCGGUCCAGCGGAAAACGGUCGAUCUGGAGAAGAAUGCCGUCCGGCAGGCGCGGCAGGCGAGCGGGGCCGCGAUGGCGAUCAACAAACCGCCCGGCUCGCACCACUCGAGCAUGGGCUCGAACUACAACAACACCUCGAACAGUGGCGGCGGGUCGUCGAUGUUUGAGGAUAACUUCAUUACCGGGUCCCGGGGACAGACGCAGGAGCAGAUGCAGGAGGAAAUCGAUCUGCAAGCGCUGGAAGACCAGGAACGGACCAUCCGCGAGCUGGAGGAGAAUAUUGUUAGUGUUAAUGAAAUUUACAAAAAGCUCGGUGCACUCGUGUACGAACAGAGCCACCAGGUGGACUCGAUCGAAGCGUCCGUCGAGCAGACGAGCGUGUUCGUAUCGGAAGGUGUACAGCAGCUUAAACAGGCCAGCCAUUAUCAGAACAAAGCUCGCAAGAAGAAGCUGAUUCUUGCGCUGAUAGCAGCCGCAAUAUUAGCGUUCAUCAUUCUCAUCAUCGUUCUGAAGCACUAAUGCACUGUGCAGUAAAAAGAAAAAAAGGAAAAAUAAGUUGAAACGGCGAGAGAAUCUAUGUUAUAUAAAUACCUAGAACAGAAAUGUUUACACCGGACCGGAAGGAAAACAAAAAUCGAUACGAAGGACGUCACACAAUCCAAAGCCAGUAGAAGAAGAGUGUGCAAUGUGCAAUGCGUUUAUGUUUAAAUUAUUUAAAUUAUCUUUUGUGCUUUACAAAACCACGUGGUAAAUCCAUUGUGCAUCCAUUGGCAGUUGCACACGCGCACCUAGCACUGGUUGCCGGUUAGCUCCCACUGAUUUGUGUACGACUAGCACCCGUAAUAGAAUCUUGGUUAGAGAGGCGCAAUCCAUCCACACACAACAACAACAAAAAAUGCAUUCCAUUUGACGGAUAGGGCAAGGGUACGAUUUGGAUUACAUUGUGAAUCAGGCUGAUAAUUCAAAUACCAACAAUAAGAUACACAGCGAAUGUGAACGUGGCUUACAAACACACGCUGGCCGCGAAUUAAUGAUAAUGAUAUUAUGCUCUGGUUCUCUCUCUAUGAUGUGCGAGAACCUUCCGUUGUAUUGGAUGCUUUAUUUGAAAUAUACAUAUAUGUAGUCCUACUGUA